AUGUCCAGGAACACGGCCUCUAGCUCGGUUCACUGCCGGCCUCCGCUCAGAUUGCCUCCGCAGUCGCAUCCCAGCAGCAUCAAUACGCCUCGACAGCGCUCCAAUAACAUGGACGGCUCCAACCACAUGUCAUCCAGCAUCACGGAGCUCGAUUUGAGCAAAUGCCACCCGCGGAUGGUUGACAGGAUCAAUGCCGUACCCGGACUCAAGACCAGUGCUGCUUUCUUCACCUUCCUCCGCGCCAACCUCGUUCUCCCUCACUCCGGGCUCUCCUCCAACCCCUCCACUCCCUACCUAGAGCCCUACGUUCCUCCACCACUACCGCCGCUAUCCCGCUCACCAUCUUCCUCCUCAUCCUCAUCUUCAACCACCAAAUCCUCCAAAUCAAGAUCCAAGUCAACCACCAUGACAUCAACACCACCAACGGUCGCCGCCAGCGGUGCCGAAAACCUCGACGACAUCCCCCCUCUCACCCUCGACAUCCUCACCACCCGCCCCGCCAAGACCGACGCCCUGAAACUCAUCGCCGACUCCAUCGCCCAACAGCGUCAACAAGCCUCUUACCACCUCAUCACCCACCCUGCCUGUCUUUCCGCGCUUUCCGCCGCCCUGGCUCUGGUCUACCAAUUCGGCAUUGCCCGCGCCUCCCCCCAACAUCAAGACUGGGGCACAACAGCCAUGCUUCUCUCUGGAGUAGUCAUGACCUAUCUGAUGACCAUCAGGUACUUUACUUCAGGUUACAUCAAGCUAGCUGAAUCCCUAUCUUGGGAUUGGUUACUCAAUCCGUCGGCGGCGGACGGCAACAGCCCAGCCACGGAAGAAGAAGAAGACAUUGUCCUCGGCACCUAUUAUGGCACCGAGCUCAUCGGCGCCCUCGUCCUCCGUCUCGAACCACCCACUUCCUCUCGCUCCUCCUCACCCACCGCAAACAGACAGCGGAAAUCCCACUCCCGCCACAACUCCUUCUCCGCAAAGACCAAGUCCCUCAAGGGCGGGAGGGGCGUAAUCCGCGCGUGGACGACUAAGCUCAGAUACAGAGGCAGGGGCGUGGGCAGGGAUAUGUUGGUUGAAGCGGUUAGGCUGACGAGAGAGAAAUGCGGAAAGGAGGCAGAGGUCGGGUUCGCGGCCGAGCAUGCAAAUGCUAACUGUGGCGAGGUGUUGCCCGAGUGGUUUUGUGGUGGGUUUAGAAAGGGGGAGAGGAGGGCCGCGAGGUGUUUGGAGGGCGUUGUUGCUGAAUACAAGCGGUAA